CCCAUGGAGAAGCAUCUUCUGCUUGUUCUCAUGGCCUUGUUGGCUUUCGCAUUUAAGCUCUCCGUUGCACAAUGGACUCCUGCUACUGCUACAUUCUAUGGCGGCAGCGACGCUUCGGGCACCAUGGGUGGUGCGUGCGGGUACGGGAACCUGUAUAACGCUGGGUACGGGACAAACUCGGCUGCACUGAGCACGGCGCUCUUCAACAAUGGGGCAUGGUGUGGCGCCUGCUUCACCAUCACCUGCGACUCGAGCAAAACACAGUCGUGCAAACAAGGCACGUCCAUCACCAUCACAGCAACCAACUUCUGCCCGCCCAACUACGCCCUGGCCAACGACGAUGGCGGAUGGUGCAACCCGCCGCGGCAACACUUUGACAUGUCGCAGCCCGCGUGGACAACCAUCGCAGACUAUCAAGCCGGCAUUGUGCCCGUCAACUAUAGGAGAGUUCCUUGCCAGAGGAAUGGAGGCAUGAGGUUCACCAUCAAUGGGCACAACUACUUCGAGCUUGUGAUUGUCGACAACGUCGGCGGCAGCGGCGUGGUGGCGCAGAUAUGGAUUAAGGGGUCCAACACAGACUGGAUAGUGAUGAGCAGGAACUGGGGUGCCCUCCGGCAAACCGGCGCAUACCUCAAUGGCCAGAGCCUGUCCUUCAUGGUAAAGGCUGAUGAUGGGCGGGUCGUGACGGCGAACAACGUUGCUCCGUCCAACUGGUGGUUCGGUGCCACCUACACUUCCUGGGUGCAAUUCUAA